GCAGCCUCCCGUCAGUCGCUUCCCUCCGUCCUGCGGGAAACAUGUCGCUUCUCUCCGGCCACUGGAUCUGCAGACUCCCGGUCCACUGACGCUCCUUCCGCACAGACUCGCCUCUAAAAUGGCACAGCAGAACUCCAGCUGCCACUACAACGAGUCCAUGAGCUUCUUCUACAACAAGAAUGGCGGCGACGACAAAUGGGACUCGGCUCAGCUCAUCCUGGUGCAGGUGGUUGGGUCACUCUUCUGCUGCUUCAUCUUGGUCUCCAAUGCCAUGGUCAUCGCCGCCGUGGUCACCAACAAGAGGUUCCACUACCCCUUCUACUACCUGCUGGCCAACCUGGCCGCCUCGGACUUCCUGGCCGGCAUCGCCUACGUGUACCUCAUGUUCAACACCGGCCCGGUGUCGAGGAAGCUCACGGUCCGAGGAUACUUCAUCCGCCAGGGCCUCCUGGACAUCAGUCUCUCGGCCUCGCUGGCCAACCUGCUGGUCAUCGCCCUGGAGCGCUACAUCUCUGUCAUGAACUGGAAGGUCCACAGCAACCUGACGAAGCGGCGGGUGACGCUGCUCAUUGUGCUGGUGUGGGCCAUCUCCAUCUUCAUGGGCGCCGUUCCCAGCCUGGGCUGGAACUGCAUCUGCGACCUGGACAGGUGCUCGCAGCUGGCGCCCAUCUUCAGCCGGAGCUACCUGAUCUUCUGGUCCGUCUCCAACCUGGUGGUGUUCCUCGUCAUGGUGGCCAUCUACAUGCGCAUCUACACCUAUGUCAAGAAGAAGACGUCGGUGCUGAUGCCGCACACCAGUGGCUCCAUCAACCGCAAGAGAACGCCCAUCAAGCUGAUCAAGACGGUGAUGGUGGUGCUCGGAGCCUUCGUGUUCUGCUGGACUCCCGGCCUGGUGGUUCUGCUGCUGGACGGCCUCAACUGUCAGCGCUGCAACGUGAUGAAGCUGAAGCGCUGGCUGCUGCUGCUGGCUGUGCUCAACUCUGUCAUGAACCCCUGCAUCUACUCCUACAAGGACGAGGAGAUGUGGACCACGUUCAAGAACCUCAUGCGCUGCAUCGGCAACGGCACGCGGCGGCAGCGGUCCACCAAGGCCAACUCCAGACCGCUGAGCUCCGGCCAGGACACAGUCAACAGCCAGCCGCCAUCCGAGGAGUUGAAGAGCGACAACCAGGGGAUCCUCAAGACCUGAACGAGACCAGGGGAUCCUCAAGACCUGAACCAAGCUUCUGUUUGGAACUUUCCGCUAAGGAUCAGAGCCGACUUGGAAUUGUCUGUAGUCCGUCUUUGGGGCGUUUUCUUGAGGAGUUGUGGUCAGACGGAGAUAAGAGAUCUUCAUGCACUACUAAUCCCCCUAAUGGACGCCCAGAUGUGCCGUCCUGAGAGGAUUUUCUUUGUCUGAUUACACAACAACAGGACCGGUUGUGUAAUGGAGACUCCUGCUGCCGUUUCCUCGUCUUGUCCCUGUGGGUUAUUUAAAUACCAAAGGAGUCAUCUUGCGUUUACACUUUUACCCCCUGGAAGGUCAGAAAUGUUGCAAAACUUUAUCCCGGACUGUAG